CCUAAAAUACUGCAUCGAAUAUGAAAUAAACAUGGUUUUUGCUGUCAUAGGCACUUUAAGUAUUUUCUUAAGGCAUCUUUUGUAUGUUCUGUCUCUAUGCAUCUAAACAAAACAAACUUAAAGCGCACGGUGAUACUUUGGGUGUCAAAUUCGCCUCUUGUAGAUGUUUUGCUGGUGUAGCACAUAUUGGCAUAAUUCCAUUUCCAUCUUUCCUGUUCAUUUUGCUUUGGCUGAUCGUUUUUGUGAAAUAUCGACAGUGCUGUCAUCUUCAUUAAUAUUUAGCUCUGGUUCAAAUUGAAAGGGUUGAACAGAUGACAUGUUUAUGUCGCUAUAGUCAUUCUCUGGAAACCCAUCAGCGUAACCAAGUGACGUCACCGCCAUGCGACGUCAACAACAAUGGCGACCUACUUGUUAAACUAAUUUUACAAAUUGUAUAAAAACGAAAACAUCAACAAGGGUAUUAAUAUCAAAUUAUUUUAUUUCAUAACGUUUAUCUUUUAAGAACUACAAGUUUUCAAGUCUUCAGUCAAAUCAUUUUAAGUAGCCAACUUGCUCAUGGUGUAAGGGUACAUUCGCCUGACUAUGGUGCAGGUAGCGUGGGAUCGAUUCCAACUCAUUGGCAGUGUGAUCGUGCGUGUGAAUGGUUGUCCAUCUCUGUCUGUGCCCUAGGGCUGCCUUGAAACAGGUUUAGGCUGUAGUCUGACUUUUGCCCGAUUUCAGCAGGGAUAGGCUCCAGCACCAGCACCCCGUAACCCUGACAAGGAUAAACGAUGUUGAAAAUGAAUGGAUAAACUAAAUUGUUACUAUGUGUUACUGUGUAAUGUUGCAUGUAGAGGUCUUGCUGAUAUUGUACUGACACCAAGUGACUGUGUGGCAGUGGAGAAGUGCAACCAGAGAGGCUGCCCGUCAGACUGAACUGACAGAAAGUCUUACCAACCCUCUCACCCUAUCAAACACGCAAAAACAUACACAGACUUUUACAUUUCUUAUUUUGUAAUAUACAGUAAGUCAAUAUGACUGAGUCAAUAUGUACUUACAUGCUGCUUAUACUAUUGAUUAAUAAUCAAAAGUCAUGGGUCGAGCACAUGAUGCUGAGCUGUCUGAACUUCUGCUGAGCCCAGACUGUGUCAGAGAGAGAAAAUGCGUGUGUGUAGGUUCCCUUUCUAUUGGUCAUCACUUCCUGAGGAAAAGCAUGACCGUGUGCACUGACACCACAACACACGGACACGAAUACCUCCUCUUCACUGUCAGUUGUUGGCCAUUGGGCUCAUGGUUUACAGUCUCGGAAUUGAUAAGGACAAACAGGCAGACAUGGUGGACACGCAACAACUCCUAGCCUGGCCCGUGGGCUUCAGUCUGAGCGCUGCCGAUCUACCCGAGUUGGACGACAGCUCCCACUCGCUGGACAUGAAACACCUGACCACGUUGGACUACGCCUCCAUCUCGUCCUCAUCUUCCUCUCUAUCGCCCUCGCUUAUGUCCUCCAUGUCCUCCGUCGGCGUGGCCUAUGAUCCCAGUCCGCCGCAGUGCGAGGACAAUCUCACCAACCUGGACUUCACUAGUAUGCACAGCUAUAGGACUCAUGCAGAUGUACAGAAUUCUAUAAAGUUGGAGCCAGAGUCACCGCCGCAACACACAGACAGUCCGGUAUUCUCCAAGCUCCAGGACGACGCGUCGACAGCCGCACUCAACAUAGAGUGUCGCGUGUGUGGAGAUAAAGCCUCCGGGUUUCAUUACGGCGUCCACGCCUGUGAGGGAUGUAAGGGUUUCUUCAGGCGCACCAUCAGGUUAAAGCUGGUAUAUGAUCAUUGCGACCUCCAUUGUCGCAUUCACAAGAAGUCCCGCAACAAAUGUCAGUACUGUCGUUUUCAGAAGUGCCUGAAUGUCGGCAUGUCACAUAAUGCUAUUCGUUUUGGAAGAAUGCCCCAGGCUGAGAAGGAGAAACUACUGGCGGAGUUUUCGUCCGACAUGGAGCACAUUCACCCGGAGGCAGCCGAUCUGAGGGCCUUGGCCAAACAUUUGUAUGAGGCCUAUCUCAAGUACUUCCCCCUUACCAAGGCCAAGGCCAGGGCCAUCCUCUCUGGCAAGACUGGAGACAAUGCACCUUUUGUCAUCCAUGAUUUGAAGUCUCUGAUGGAAGGCGAACAAUUCAUUAACUGCAGACAGAUGCCCAUUCAGGAGCACCAACAGCAGACGUCGAUCCAUUCCGCCACAAAUGGAGGUGCUUUUCCGGGGUCAGACUAUGGCUUUGUAGGAAUGACAAGCGUCACAGACCACGGAACGACAAAUGCAGUCGAGCUCCGUUUUUUCCACAGCUGCCAGUCCCGCUCAGCUGAAGCAGUGAGGGAAGUUACCGAGUUUGCCAAGAGCAUUCCGGGAUUUGUCGACCUGGAUCUCAAUGAUCAGGUAACAUUGCUCAAAUACGGCGUGAUCGAAGUCCUCAUCAUCAUGAUGGCGCCCUUGAUGAACAAAGACGGAACCCUGAUUUCGUACGGCCAGAUCUUCAUGACGCGAGAGUUCCUCAAAAGUCUCCGGAAGCCCUUUUGCCACCUGCUGGAGCCCAAGUUCGAGUUCUCUGUCAAGUUCAAUAUGCUAGAACUGGACGACAGCGACAUGGCGCUAUUUCUGGCAGUCAUUAUCCUUAGCGGAGACCGUCCAGGCCUCUUGAACGUUAAACCCAUCGAGCAACUCCAGGAGACGGUGCUGCAUUCCCUGGAGCUGCAGCUCAAAGUCAGCCACCCGGACUCCCUGCAGCUAUUCGCCAAACUGCUCCAGAAGAUGACUGACCUGCGGCAGAUUGUCACCGACCAUGUGCAUGUCAUCCAGCUGCUCAAGAAGACUGAAGUGGACAUGUUGCUGCACCCAUUGCUGCAGGAGAUCAUGAAGGACUUGUAUUAGAAAUGAAACGAGGUUGCGACAAGGGACCGGAACUGAGAAAGGGACCAGGAGAAACAGGAAGGCCAAGAGUGUUUGCGCCUUGUCUAGACUGUGCACAGUCAUCCCUCCCGUGGUUUCGGCUUGCAAAACUGCAAUGUGCUGUUGAUUCUCACUGGGGAGAUUGUAAAUGGCAGGCUGCACCGACUGACGCCUGCAGGGCAAAUGUAACUGUGAAUGCCACACAAAGUGUUUGUGUGCCAAAUAUAAAUGUGUGCCCACACACAACACGCGACGACGUCCGUGAUUCAGUGAUGUCAUGGGAGAAAAUACAUAACACACCUGCUCCCCCAUGCCCCGUUAGAUAUCUGAAAGGCGCCAUCAUGUCAUGGUAAUCAUCUUCAUCGGACCCACAAGACAAGCGAUCAGAUUAUAUCCUGUCGCAUAUUUUCAUUGUCAACUGUCAGGGAACAAUCAAGAUGAAUGUGUCACGACUGUGCCUUUCUGCUGUACAGUCAAUGUAUUAGGCAUACAGUGGAACCUUCAAUGUUGCGUUCAUUUCUAAACCACCAUUUUCUCCAUUGGAAAAAGUGUCAAGGGAUUUAAAAUAAGACAAAUUAGCGUCCCCAACCCUAAAAUUUUUCAUAAUGUUACAUAUUAAAAGUUAGUAGAAGUAAUUAAGUAUACCACAAACUAUGAUUCCAAAACACUUUAAUAAUCUUUGAUUUACAGAUUACCGGUAUGUGAUUUUGUAAAAAAUGCAGCACAAAAACUUACAAAUGUUGUGAAUAUUUUCCCUAAACUCUAGAUGGAGCAUUUGGUACCUAAAGUUAAUAAUGACUGACAGGUUUGUAACUUUUAUCUUUCCAGAGAAGCUUGGUGCAGUGUAUCACAAAAGUGAGUACACCCCUCGCAUUUCUGCAGAUAUUUAACUAUAUGUUUUCAUGGGACAACACUGACAAAAUGACACUUUGACACAAUGAAAAGUAGCCUGUGUCCAGCUUAUAUAAUAGGGCUGUCAAACGAUUAAAAAUUUUAAUCGAGUUAAUUACAGCUUAAAAAGUAAUUAAUCGCAAUUAAUCGCAAUUCAAACCAUCUAUAAAAUAUGCCAUAUUUUUCUGUAAAUUAUAUAUAUAUUCUGUAAAAUAAAUUGUUGGAAUGGAAAGAUAAGACACAAGAUGGAUAUAUACAUUCAACAUACGGUACAUAAGGACUGUAGUGGGCAUUUCACUCUACUGUCAUUUAAAUCUGUCUAUGCUGUCCUCACUCCGAAGCGUCUACUUUUUCCAAAGCUAGACAGCUAGUGAACGACGCCUUAAUAAUUAGACUUCUUCCUUUUUCAUCUGAUUUAUUAAUAAAAUGGCCUCAAACCAUUGUCCUCUUUAGACCGUCGUAAAACUACAAAAUAAAAGUACACAAGCAUUGCAUUAGCAACAACGUUAGCUUAACACGCUAUACAGGUUCACUAAACAUAAACAAAAAGCGUCUCAUACAAAAAAUAUAACAUUUCGCUUACUAACAUAAUAUGUACAUUCUUUACAACAACCAUACUUACGGACAAAUCUUGUCCAAGGAUCAUAUAAGCACAACAUUAUCAGCCCGAGACGUCGUGCAGCCAUAAUGAACUGGCAAGAAAACAAUAAACCAUGUUGCAAAGCGACCACAAGAGUUCGCUGUUGGACAGCACAAAAAGCCUUGCUGGAAAACUUACCAAAAGGCAGAAUACUUUCUGAGCGGGACAUGUGCGUUAAUUGCGUCAAAUAUUUUAACGUGAUUAAUUUAAAAAAUUAAUUACCGCGCAUUAACGCGAUAAUUUUGACAGCCCUAAAUAGGAUUAAUUUAUUUUCCCCUCAAAAUAACUCAAAAUAUAGCCAUUAA